UGACCUUUUUUUUGUUAACGACGACGACAUAAAUAAAAAAAUAUCACAAAGAAUUCGCUGAAAAAUAAUCAAAAUUGCAGUGAAAAACGGGAGAAGUAGCGUCGCAAACUAUUGUGCCGUUCAGACAACGUGUGACAAGCGAAUUCGGAGAAAAAACAAUUGGGGAACAGUGACAGGCCGCAAACAAAAGCAGCGAAGCGAGUGCGUCUUUCAGCCACUUCACUCGGAUGUGGCACGGUCUACAAAAUUUCUUGUGCAUCCAUCACCUUCUGUGGCAGCCGCCGUCGGACAGCAGAGACAGUGACAGUGACAAUUUCUGCGACGUUGAAGUUGGAAGCUCAUAAAGCGCAGACGACAUAUUUGUCCGUCGAAUGCGUUGCUCCGCCGAUUGCUGAUUUGCUGCGGACUGUGCUCUUGGCAACUCGAUGUGUGCUUGUUGCGGUUGAAAGGUCACUCAGUAACAACGACACGUAACGCCGAGAGGUUCAAGGACACGCGGCGCAGCCGUCGCGCAGAGUGUCGUCGGCCUCGAAACAGCCGCAGCGCCCGCGAAAAGCGGAAGCCGAAGCCCCACGCCCGCUGGAGGCUGAGAAGUUGCUUCAGGCAUUCGAAUCGGGUAUCCCUCUGGACAAAGGUCCAAACAAGGUUCCAGUUUACAGCCGCGGCCAUGGCUGUCAAGCAGAACAACAGCGAGCCCAACGACGCCACCGAUGGGGUCAACUCUGCCUCCGGCGGUGCCUCAAAUGGCGCCAUGCCACCCAAUAGCAAGCAAUCAGCUUCCAGCAACAUAAAGGUCUCCGACGAUGGUGGCGGAGGCGCUGGCGGCGGCGCCGAAAGCAUGGACACGAAUGGCACCAGCCCCAGCGAGACAAAUGAUAAUGGCGGCCAACCACUGAACGCGGUCACAAAGCGUGACAUACAGGAGCUGCUGAGCACUCUGCAGAAUCGAGAUAAGUCGGAGCACUCGCCCAGUGUGCUGAGCUUCUACAAGCGGAUGAUCAUCGAGCUGGCUCGCAUGAAGCCAGAAGGCAGAACGAGCGAGGAUCUACUGCGCUUCAAGGAGGAGGCGAUGAAUUUAGGCGCUAUCCUUGCCACUGCAAACGAGAAGAACUACCUCAUGUACUUCCUUCGCGUCGUCUACGAUCUGAUCACAAAGUCCGGCGAGUCGGGCCCCUCCUAUGCCGUGGCCGUUGUCUUUCACCUGUUCAGCCCUCGUCUGAUCAACGAGGCCGUGCAGUCGCUGCUAGAAACGAAUGUCGAGGACACGAGCAUACGCAAGACGGUGGUCCUGCUGUGUGAAUGGGUCUGUGUGUGCAACUUCUGUCCGAACCUCAAUCUCUGGGUGAUGGCCCUGCUGACAGGGUUGCGCGAUCAGGGCAAGCAUGUGCUCCUUGACGACAUUGCAUUGGACUCCAUCGAGAAGCUAUUCAACGUUAUAAUGCUACCCGCCAUGCGGCCCAAGGCAGCUCCGAUUGUGUUCCACAUGCUGUCAAACAUUAAUCAGACACCCGAAAUAUUCCGCAAGAUAUUGCCCCGCAUACCCAUGGUGCUGAAUCUUCUGAAGCAGCAGUUCAACAUCACGGACGAGUUCGGCGGGGAUACGCGACAGUACAUGCAGCAGUUGGUGGACCUAACCAGUGUCCUGAUGAUGCGCUUCAACGAAAACAGCGAACUCUACGCAUCCGUCAGGGUUGCCUUGCAGAUGUACGAACCGUCACCGAAUUGCGGGGAUCUGGCGAGGGCCAUGCAGGAGAACGCCCUGCCCACGGGACGGCGCAAUGCACGGGUGGGACUGGUGAAUCUCGGCAACACCUGUUAUAUGAACAGCGUGCUCCAGGCUCUGGCCAUGACCAGCGAUUUCAGCCGCCAGAUACUGCUGCUCCAGAGCGAUUCGCUGCUGCUGCUGAAGGUGCAGCAACAGAUUGCCCUAAUGCACCAUUCGAUGCGGUGUGAGCUGACACCUUCGCGCGUGCUGAAUGCGACAAGACCGCCGGGCUUCACGCCGGGCCUGCAGCAGGACAGCUCCGAGUUCCUUGGCUAUCUGCUCGACCUGCUGCACGAGCAAGAGAUCAAGAAGGAUGGAGGCCACAGUCUGCAUGGCAAGGACGUCGAUGCCCCUGGCGAGCUGAACGAUGAGAUUCUGUCCAGCGGCGUCAUACCCUACAACAGCAAUGACCGCGAGAUCGCCGGAGGCAGCAGCGGCAGCAGCAGCACGAGUGCCAGUCACAAGCCCACUUCGACACCCACCAAAGGCACAAAUAGCUCACAGCAACAGCCACAGCAGCCAAAGAAGCCAGCGUCAACCAUUGACAAGACGUUCACCGGCAAACUGUCGACGACAUACAACUGUUUGGACUGCAGCUGGGAGAGCCACAUCGAGGAUAGUUUCCGUGAGCUGCAGCUCUCGUUUCCGGAUGACAAGGACGACUGCAGUGCCACCAACUAUUCGGUGCAAGACCUGAUCGAGUACUACUGCUCGCCGGAGAAGCUGGACGGCGAGAACCAGUACUUCUGUCCCCGCUGCAAGAAGCUCUGCGAUGCCGAUCGACGUAUCGGGGUAACAGAGGCGCCACGCAAUCUCGUCCUGACUCUCAAGCAGUUCAAGUACGAUCAGAAGUACCAUUUUCGCACCAAACUGAUGCACAAGGUGUUCCACGAUGAGAGUCUCGUGGUUAAGAUAUGCUCAUCCGAUUCGCUGCAGGAGCAGUCGGCUGUGUACUAUGAGAUGUACGCGGGAGUCGUGCAUUCGGGCUACCACAUGGACUCUGGCCAUUACUUCACAUUUGCCGCUGACCAGUCGAGGAACUGGUAUAAAUUCAACGACAACUUUGUGACCCAUUCGCAGUCCGAGGAAAUGCACAACCUCACCUCGCCCAACACCCCCUACAUACUCUUCUACAAGAUGUGCGGCCGCUCUCACGAGUCCAGCCCGACUGGCACCGAGAUGGUGUCAGUGCCCCAAGUCCCACCGCUCACACUCGAGGAGCUGCCGGGCCCACUGCGUGACUAUGUGAAGAAGGACAAUCGGCUGUACAGCGAGGAGUUGCGCUCACAGCGCUUCGCGGGCAGCAACGGUGCCAACGGCCAUGGGUUUGUGACGCGCAACGGCUAUGACGGCGACGAUGAGGAUGAUCGUGCUCCUCCGCCCUCUGGCGGUUGUGGUGGCAACGAUCUGGGCAUGAAUGUAAAUCGCUUUGUCUACUGAGGAGACAAAGCGAACGGCGGCGUGGCAGCUGGAGUCGAGUCGGGGAGGAGCAGGGAGGCAACUAGACCAGAAACAUAUACAUACAUAAUAUAUGUGUCUAAUUUAUAAUCACGCGCAUGCUAAACUUAAUGUUCUAUAUAUAUAGAUAUAUAUUCCCCCAGUACAUAUUUUGAUAUAUACCGAUGUAUAUAUCUUUGCCACAGAUGCGCUAUAACAGUUAAUGUGUGUGUUUGUGUGUGUGUGUGUGUGUGUGUGUGUGUGUGUGUGUGUGUGUAUGUGUGCGUGGAAAGCGGUAUAAGCUUCCUCGCUCCCCCUCGGUCUCUCUGGCUGCCUGCGAUUCCAUUGUUGUCCAUGUUCCUUUACCCGCCGCAGGUGCAGUCCUCCUCCAAACGAACCCUCCAUCCCCGACGGCACACACAAAACUACUAUGAAUGUACGUAAAGUAUUUCCAUUUACAAAAUUGUUAUGAUUUGUUUGUUUUUGUUAACUCAAACCUAGCUUUAGGACGAGCAUAUAUGUAUGUACAUAUGCGUAAGUGAAGAACCGAAACAUAUUAUACACAGAUAACUAUGAAAUCCAUCUGAAUUAGCCAGACAAGAAUUGUAGCAAAAGCCCCAAUAUCCAACUUCCAUCCCUGGCCACAAAAUAUGUGAAAGAAAUCAAACUGUAUGCACUUUUCCUUAGUUUUAAUGUAUCUGGAGUUGGAUUUGAGCGGUUGCUGAAGGAUUUGUAUAAAUAGUUAGGCAAAAAGUGCAUUCAAAAUCAAUCUUAAUUGUCCUUUACCCAUUUGUUCUUUGAAUUUGAAACGAAUUUGUCAUAGAUACAUGCAUACAUACAUACAUAUAUCUCCUUAAGAUCUGGUGAGCAGAGAAACCCGAUUUUAGUUUCUUUGAACAUUAUUGCAAUUCAAUUGGGAUAAUUUCAUUGACGAUAACCAAAAUCUAUACUAUACUAUAUGUUAUAAGUGUAUUAAUAAAAA